AUGCGCAGCUACAAGCCACGACCUACCUUGACUUCAUCAUGGGUCACGCACCAGUAUCGACGCUCCCUGAUAUCGGAAUGCAAGGGUAAGCGUAGCAGCUCGAACUACAACGAUGAAGUUGCAUUCGUUUGGGCGAGCCUCAGCGGCUUCGGAGGAGGCUGCACUAGACCGAUCGGGCCCAGGGUCGAAAAAGGCACAGACACGCGUGACAGAGAGCCCAGCUUGGCGAUAGAAGAUCAGGGUCGGCUGCGAGGCCGAAAGAACACACCUCUCCCUCAUCUUCUUCGCCCACGUCGCAUCGGCACUCAGCAGGAGGCAGCUCACCCAAACUCAGCAGCCUGCAAACUCAAUACUCCUGAAGCAGCUCACGCCUUCGGCUGGCCUCCGACGGUGCCAAUCAUUGCGAGCGUAGAUCGAUCCAGGUGCACUGCUGCUAUGUCGGGCACACCACGAACUGGCGGCCAAGCCGAUUCGCAGGCGCAAUACGGCGAAGCUUUGGAGCUCGAUGAGGCACGCCUUCAAUCAGCCACCACAUCCGAUCAGGGCGAGAUCUUCGUCAUCGAAUGGCUAUCCAAAGCAGAAGAGGCGCUCAUCAACGCCGACAUCGAGACUAUCCGCUCGGCUCAAAGCAGCUUCGAGUCGGCCAUCCUCAAACUCGCCUGUCCCAGCGUCUCUUUCGCCAAAACGGAUGACAACUUUAUCACCACCACAGCAAACACGGCCAUCCCUCGUCCCGGAAGGCCCACCCGGCGCUUGCUGGCCCGCUGCAUCCUCGUGCUCUUUCGUCGAAUCGACUCCCGCUCCCUCUUCGAUAUCUUGCAGAACCUCAUCCGUGUUGCUGGCGAAGAUGCCAAGGGCAAAACAGCAGAUCGUGAGGUGCGCGUCGCCGCACUCUACAUCCUCGGCGAGGUGUUCGGCUCGCUAGGCCAGCAGAUCAUGUCCCUUUUCAACGAUAUCAUCAACCUCGCUCAAAAGGUGUUCAAGCAGUCCAGCCACCCGGUCAUCCUCCGAUAUCAUGCGUUGCUGGCUCUUUCAAAGACGCUCAACGUCGCCGGCAAGAGCUUGGGCGAUCAGGUCGGCAAGGAUCUCAUCAAGGCGCUACGUCAGGGUCUCUCGGAUCGCGCAGGUGCUGUGGUGCGCGGCUGUGCCGACUGCCUUCUUGCCAUCACCCACCAUGCUGAGCUCAUCUCCACCCGCAACGAGGUCGAGGCACUCGUCUCGCCCGCUCUCAAAGCCAUCGAAUCCGCCGACUUUGUCACCAAACGUGCUCUCAGCCGCAUGCUGGCAGGCCUCCUCGCCUCCACCCAAGUUGAAAAGGUCCCAUCCGCGCCCGCUCUCGCCAAGAAGUCGUCCAAAAAGAAGAAGGAGGGCGCAGCAGACGACGAUUCUGACGAUGAAGAUACGGCCCCUUCGGCGGCAGCGGCGGCGGCAAGCGCGCCAAGAGCCAUGAUGACGCCUGUAGGCAUGCUUGACCAGCUCUCGCUACCCUUCCUGCGUAGUUCAUCAGGUCGAAAAGCACGAGCGGCGUUCCUCGACGUCUACGCGACGCUGUUCGAGACGCUGGGCUCCGCCUGGGUCAACGCCAACUACUCGGUCAUCCUCAAGCAUCUCAUCGACGAUCUCCCCAACCAUUCUCGCGGCUCGUCCCUCACGCACGCCGACGUGCUCAACGUUCGCACCGGCGUCGCGCUCAUCCUGCGCAAACUCGUGGGCGAGCGCAUGCUCGGCGAACAGGCGCAGGUGAUCGCCAUCCAGGACAUCUGCCGCGACUACCUCAAGAAGUGGCCUGCUAUCAUGCCGGAACAGCAGCCACCUUCCAAGACCACCUUGACGCUCGCCCUGGCCGAGAUCUCGGGCUUGCUCGUUCAGCUCGGAAGCGUACCACCGCAGGUGCUCGACGCCGCUUACGAUCCGCUCAUCCGCUGCCUCGCCCAUCCGAGCCAUUCCGUGCAGGUCCAAGCGUCGUGGUGCCUCAAGACUCUGUGUCAGGUGUCGCCGCUCCACCUCUCGCCCACGCUUUCUGCCGUCCUCGAGCUUCUCAACCGCGAUCUCACCACGCUCGCCAACGGCGGCGGCUCUGUCGGCAUCACCCAGCUCUCCAAGCGUGCCAACGGGCACGCCAGAGGUCUCGCUGCCCUCAUCAGCGUCAUCUCGCAGCGGCCCCUGUACACCUCGUUCGCCAUCAGCUCCAAGGUGCUCUCGCUAGCCAUCCAGCUGCUCAAGAACAGCGGAAACCACGAUCUCAACGUCUCCACCGUCGAGAUCUCGGUCGCAUGGACCCUGAUAGGCUCGCUCAUGUCGCUGGGUCCCAACUUCGUGCGUCUUCAUCUCCCUCAGUUGCUCAUCCUCUGGCGCAACUCGCUGCCCAAGCCCACUUCCAAGGACACGGCGCCGGGCCCCUCCACCCGUUCCGACGCCGAGUGGGGUUUCCUCUUGCACGUGCGCGAAUGCACGCUCUCCGCCAUCCUCGCUUUCCUCUUCCACAACGGCUCGAGUCUCGUCACGCUCGACACGGCCAGGAGGAUCGUGGCGCUGCUGAGCAAUACGCUCGCCUUUGUCGACGGCUUUGCUGCCCAGAAUCCGCAUCUCCUGCAGGAAUAUACACCCGUGGCAGAUCGUGACGCGCCUUCGCUCCUCGAUCGCGAGUUACUCCUGCGACGUCGUCUCUUCCAGUGUCUCACGGUCCUCGCCCACAACCCGGCUAUGGAGCCCAUGCAGUCCGGCCUGCUCAAGAUCACCAUUCAAGCGUUCGCUGAUCCGGAUCGGUACAUCGGCAGCUCAGCUCAGGCAGCCAUCGCGGCUAGCGCAGGCAAUUUCACGAGCGUCUGGGAGAUGGCAGACGGCUACGCCUUUGGUGUCACCAGCCUACAGCGCGACUCCGAAUCCUUUGUCUCGGAUCCUGUCGACGCUCUUCGUGCGUGCGACGCUAUCGCCCGUCCGGAUCUGCUCAACCGCGAUCUGGUCGAAACGCAGCUCGACGCUCUGCAGAGGCGGCCCGUCCUCGGCGCCACGGAGCACGAUGAGCUCUUCCUCUACUCGACGCCGCGCAGCUCGACGUCGAACGCGUCUUUGCAGGAUGCAGGCGUUUCGGGCACCACGAUCGAGCCUCGCGAGUCUGCUGCCAUGUCUCCGCCUGCCGCGACGGGCGUGGUCGAUGCUGCCAUCCAGCUCUUCACCGCUCUCCUCCCUUAUCAGGAGCGAGAAGUUCAGGUCGUCGCGAUCGAGACAAUGCUCGCUCACACCAAAUCCACCAAGCUUGACAGGAACCCUGGCCGCAAGCAGGCCAUCCAGGUCAAUGUCGUGGUCGCCAUCCUGGGCGCGCUCAGAGUCGCAACGCAAGGCGGCACAGGUGCCAACGGCAAGCGUCCAGGCGGCUUCAACAACGAUCGCCUCAGCUCGUCCAUCAAGGAUCUGCUGCAGGAUGCACUCCUCCAGACCGACGCUGCGCUUCGCGCCGCUGCAAGCGAGGCAUACGGCAAACUCGCUGCGGUGGCUGGUUCGCAGGCAUUGUCCAGCCAGGUGCAAUUCCUCGUCGACCAAAUUGUUGGCAACCGCGAUCCGGACGCUCGAGCGGGCUGCGCACUCGCCUUUGGCGCGGUGUACAAGGAGGUCGGUGGCUUGGCUGCUGGUCCCUUGACCAAGACCAUCGUCAACGUCCUCAUGUCGCUGUCCAACGAUCCGCAUCCGACGGUCCACUACAACGCGCUGGAAGCUCUCCACGUCGUCAUCGACUCGGCCAGCUUGAGCUACAGCCCAUAUGUCGCCAGCACGCUUGGGAUGCUCGUCAAGCUCUACAUGCUCGACACGCACGAGCCCGAAGGCGGCAGCGCCGGCUCCGUCAAUCUGCGCGCCGACCUGCCUGCUCACCAGGCCGUCUGCCGCGUCGUCAAUGCGCUCAUCGGCGUGCUUGGCCCCGAUCUGCAGGAGUCUGUCCGUGUUCGCAGCCUCAUCCAUCGUCUGCUCUCCGAGUUUUCACGCGAGUCGGAUCCCGGCGUCGUCGUCGAGUCGACCAAGGCGCUGCAGCACUACGGUCUCUUUGCUGCCGAUUUCAUCGACGUUGGCGAAUGGAUCCAGCAGCUGCACAGGCAGCUCACCGGCAAGCAGCGAACGCUGAAGCUGGCUUCCAUCAAUGCCUUCUACCAGCUCGUGCAGCGUGAGGCGCUUGCUAUGAGCCGAAUCGGUGGCGACCAGCUCGUCGAAGAGUUCUUUGCUCAGAUCGACGAGGAUCCGAAACUCGGUGGAGCUCGCGAAGUCAUCCUGAGCUGGUUGCAAAAGACGGCCGAUCUGGCGCCGAGCGGCUGGAUCGACCUUUGCCAACGCAUCAUGUCGUCGGCGCCUCCGCGGCAAACGGCAGCCGACGCUACGGGCAAGGGAAGAGACGCGCUGCCGAGCCUCGCCACCAUGCUGCAGGACGAGGAAGCGGCGGCGAUUGAUCUCGGCAACGAGACCAACCUCGUCAAACUCAACGCUACCGGCGGUAGCCGCUGGCGUACUCAGCUGUUUGCGCUCCGCUGCCUGCACCAGGUCUUCGUCACAGUUCGCCAGGCUGGCAAGCUUGAGCACUUCAGCACGCCUCCUGGAGCUGGCGCCAAGGGCCAAGCGUCGCAGCAGCGCCGCCUUUUGAUGAGCAACCGCGUCGUCGACCUCAUCCGCAUGGCCUUUACUGCCAGCACGUCGGCCAACAUCGAGAUCCGUCUCGAAGGUCUGGUGGUGCUGCGCGACGUGAUCGAGUCUUUCAAGCUGGCGCGCGACCCGGACUUCGAAGAGGCGCUCCUUUUGGAACAACAUCAAGCGCCCAUCGCGGCUGCAUUGACUCCGGCGUUCUUGGCAGACUCGACGCCAGAGGUGCUGGCAGCGGCGGUGCAGGUGUGUGCCGUCUUUGUCUCUUCCGGUGUGGUCAAGGAGGUGAGUCGCAUGGGUCGAAUCCUCAAGCAGCUCGUCUCUGCGCUGGACAGCUGCAUGCAGCCUAGCAUGACCCAGCUGGGCGACGUCAAGGAUCUUUCGCAAAACGCCAAUGCGAUGCUCAAGAUCGCCGUUUUUACGGCGUGGGCCGAACUGCAAACGGCCAGCGCUACGCAGAGCUAUCUGGUGGAUGUGGUCAAGCCGCACGUAGCUCGCAUCGUACCUUAUUGGAUCGCUUGCUUGCGCGAGUACGCAAAGAUCCGCUCGGACCCAGAGAUGGACGCAGGCGGUGCAGCCGACGGUCCAGGUCCUUCGAUCAAUGCCAGCCUUGACUCGCAGUAUGCCGAUCUGGCGCGUGAGGUGGUGCUGCCCUAUCACGAACGCUCGUGGUACACGAUCAUGCAGGCGGUCACGGGUCUGUUGCACGAUAGCGACGCACGCGCACUGGCAGCAAUGGAUGGCGAGACCGCACCUGCCACGACGGCCUCGAGUGCGACGGCGAACAACGCUCGAAGCGAGCCGUGCUUGUUCUUCUUUGUUUUGUACGGACUGGCGUUUGAAGCGCUGGCGACUCGGUCGUCGAGCAGCGUCGAGUCGCUGCACGAAAGCACGGUGAUGCGCAUCUCGCUGCGUGCCAUGACGUCUCUCAGCAGACCGCAGGUGGCCGGCUCAGCGCUGCUCCAAGAUACGCUGUUUUCAGAGCUGUGCAAUUUGUGGUAUCGUCUGGUCAUGACCGAACCUCCUGCAGUGCAGGUGUCGGUGCUCGAGACGAUCGGCGGCAUGGCUGCGUCCUACGGUAAGCUGCUGCUGUCUGCGGACGACCAGGCUGCGGCUGAAGCCGGCAGGCUGCCGAACGAGGCCAAGCUGAGCCAAUGCCUGCGUGUCGUUGUCUGCGUGUUGCAGAAUGUGCGCCCAACGCGCGGCUCGGUCGAGGAGAAGACGGCUCUGCUGCGAGUAGCCUAUUCGGCUUACAUUGGCAUUGUCGGUCUGUAUCCCAAGGCGCUGCAGGAGGACCUGUUCGCGGUCGGCUUCUACACGUACGCCGAGAUGCUCAAGGACGAGACCUCGGAGCAAGAUCUCGUCUCGCCAUCCUUGGGCGCGCUCAAAGAUCUGUGUGAGCGCUCUGCGAAAUCGGUCAAGCCCAACAGCGACGUGCUGCAACGCGCGAUCCACGGCUUUCUGUCCCAAGCUCUGCAGCACGUCGAGGACCUGCGUACGCGUGAUGGCCGUAUCGCGCUCAACAAGACGAAGAACAGUCUUUUGGCUACGGUGGUGGUGCUCACGUCGAUCCCGGUGAAUGUCAAGGUGUCGCAGGCGGUGGCGGAGCAUGCGUGCUAUUUGAUCGUUCAGAAGCUGCUGCAGUUUGAGGAGGAGGUGGAGCAGUCGAUGCAGACGCCGCAGGAGGUUGGGGCGGGGGUGCAGGAGGUGGGGUUGACGGCGGUGAAUUGUGCGAGGACGGUGGUGCUUGCUUCGUCGCGCGGUAAUGCGGCGCUGUUGUACUGUGUGGGGCAGUUGUUGCCGGGGUUGAUCGAGUUUGUUUGUCGCGCUGGACCGGUGGUCGCUGGUGGUGGGGCGAAGGCGGGAACGAGCGGAGCGAUGGUGCUGCUCAAGGGGGCGGUGGAGGAUGUGAUCAAGACGUUUGCCGGGUUGAUCGCUGUGCUUCCCAUCGAGGGAGAGUUCCGCGCAAAAGCACUGGCUAUCGUUCUGCCGACGUUGGUGGUGUUGCUUUCACCGAAUGCGGUGACAGAGCUGCACACGUUCACGGUGCGACAGCUGAUCACGCUGGCGGGACAGCAUGCGGCGGCGUUCAAGGAGGCCACUGCGUCGUUGGAUGCGGAGAGGAGGGCGCUGUUGGAGAGUGCGAUUCGUGCUCAAUUGGGUCAGGCUGCGGGAGGGACGGCUGGUGCAGCGGGUGCUGCGGGAGGAGCGGCGGCGGGCAAGCAACCGGCGAGCUCGAUCGCGCUCAAGUCAUUUGGUAGCUAG